UGCUGUUGCCGCGGCCGGAGCUACAGCCGAGCGCACCCGCGAGCCGCGCAAGGGCUACUCGGCCGCCGCGCGGCGCAGACCAUGAGCCACCCCUGCUCCGGGAGUAGCCGCGGUGCGGAGUCGGCUGCGCGGCACCUCUGAGCCCUGGCGGGUGAGCUGCGAGUGUUGAGAAUCAUGGCUGCGGGAAAAUUUGCAAGCCUUCCCAGAAACAUGCCCGUGAAUCACCAGUUCCCCCUGGCCUCCUCCAUGGACCUCCUGAGCAGCAAGUCCCCUCUCGCUGAGCAUCGCACCGAUGCCUAUCAAGACGUGUCUAUACACGGCACCCUUCCACGGAAGAAAAAGGGGCCUCCUCCCUUCAGGUCCUGUGAUAGCGUCAGUCUCAUGGGCACCCUUCCGCACUCCAAAUCUCCACGGCAGAGCUCUCCCCUGAUCCAGGAUGCCAUCCAGGAAAACCCACUGCACGACUGGAAAAGCGAAACCUUCACCUUCAGGGAUCCGCAUCUUCUGGACCCAACUCUGGAAUAUGUGAAGUUCUCCAAGGAGAGGCACAUCAUGGACAAGACCCCCGAGCGGCUGAAGAAGGAACUGGAGGAGGAGCUGCUGCUGAGCAGUGAGGACCUGCGCAGCCAUGCCUGGUACCACGGCCGCAUCCCCCGACAGGUGUCUGAAAACCUUGUGCAGCGAGAUGGUGACUUUCUGGUUCGAGACUCUCUGUCCAGCCCCGGAAACUUUGUCCUGACCUGUCAGUGGAAGAACCUUGCUCAGCACUUCAAGAUCCACCGGACGGUCCUGCGGCUCAGCGAGGCCUACAGCCGCGUGCAGUACCAGUUUGAGAUGGAGAGCUUCGACUCCAUCCCUGGCCUGGUGCGCUGCUAUGUAGGCAACCGCCGGCCUGUCUCCCAGCAGAGUGGCGCCAUCAUCUUCCAGCCUGUCAACAGGACGGUGCCCCUUCGGUGUCUGGAGGAGCGCUAUGGCACCUCCCCAGGAUGGGCCCGGGAAGGCAGCCUCUCUGAGGGAAGGCCGGAUGUGGCCAAGAGACUGAGCCUCACCGUGGGUGGCGUCCAGGCCCGGGAGCAGAGCUUGCCCAGGGGAAACCUCCUCAGGAAUAAAGAGAAGAGCGGCAGCCAGCCAGCCUGCUUGGAUGACAUGCAGGACAGGAGGGCCUUAGCCCUUAAAGCCCACCAGUCGGAAAGUCACCUGCCUAUUGGCUGUAAGCUGCCUCCUCAGUCCCCGGGCAUGGAAACAAGCCCCUGCCCGAACUCGCCCGUAUUCAGGACAGGCAGCGAGCCCACCCUGAGCCCAGCGGUGGUUCGGAGGGUCUCCUCAGAUGCUAGAGCAGGGGAGGCACUGCGGGGAUCCGACAGCCAGCUGUGUCCCAAGCCACCCCCCAAGCCCUGCAAGGUGCCUUUCCUCAGGGCUCCCCCAUCCCCAGCUGCCUGGUUCAACUCCGAGGCCAACUACUGUGAACUGAACCCAGCCUCCGCUGCAGGCUGUGACACGGGAGCAAAGCUGCCCUCACGUGCCCACAGCAGCCACCAUGCAGAACUGCUGACAGCCAAGCAGAAUGGGGUGCCUGGUCCCCGGAACUCUGGCAUCAACUACUUGAUCCUUGAUGGGGAUGAUGGGGCCAGACCUUGGGAACCGCCAGCAGCACAGAUGGAUGACAGACAGGAAGACAAGUUUGUGAGACCUCUCCUGGAGACUGUCUCCUCCUUCAGGCCCAAUGACUUUGAGUCAAAGCUCCUUCCUCCAGAAAACAAGCCCCUGGAAACAGCAAUGUUAAAACGUGCAAAAGAACUGUUCACUAACAACGACCCCAAGGUCAUCGCCCAGCACUUGCUGAGCAUGGACUGCAAGGUUGCUAGGAUACUUGAAGUCUCCGAAGAGAUGAGGAGGAACAUGGGCGUGAGCUCAGGGCUGGAGCUCAUUACCUUGCCUCAUGGACACCAGCUGCGCCUGGACAUAAUUGAAAGACACAACACAAUGGCCAUCGGCAUUGCAGUGGACAUUUUGGGCUGCACAGGUACUUUGGAGGACCGUGCAGCCACCCUCAACAGGAUCAUCCAGGUGGCAGUGGAACUGAAAGAUGCCAUGGGAGACCUCUAUUCUUUCUCAGCCAUCAUGAAAGCCCUGGAAAUGCCUCAGAUCACAAGGUUAGAAAAAACAUGGACUGCCCUGCGGCACCAGUACACCCAAACCGCCAUCCUCUAUGAGAAACAGCUGAAGCCCUUCAGCAAAAUCCUGCACGAGGGCAGAGAAUCCAUGUGUGUCCCCCCAAACAAUGUGUCAGUCCCACUGCUGAUGCCCCUUGUGACUUUAAUGGAGCGCCAGGCUGUCACUUUUGAAGGAACUGACAUGUGGGAGAAAAAUGAUCAAAGCUGUGAAAUUAUGCUGAACCACUUGGCGACAGCCCGAUUCAUGGCCAAGACUGCGGACAGCUACCGGAUGAAUGCAGAGAGGAUCCUCGCAGAUUUUCAACCAGAUGAAGAAAUGACUGAAAUCUUGAAGACUGAAUUUCAAAUGCGAUUGCUGUGGGGGAGUAAAGGUGCAGAAGUCAAUCAGACAGAGAGAUAUGAGAAAUUCAACCAGAUUUUAAUAGCCCUCUCACGUAAAUUGGAACCACCUCCUGUAAAGCAGGCAGAGCUCUGAAAACUUUCCAGGGAGCCGUAGGGUAUUAUUUCAAGCUUCUCAUCGGAUGAUGAUGUGUAAAUCUCAAACCCAAGUCUUUACUAUUCACAGGACAUUAAAUGUAUAAAUUGCACAGAGCACACUUAUUUAUGAAUUGUUUAAAAUUACUACUGAUUUUUAAAUAAUUUAUUAUUAAGGUAACUAUUGCUAACAUUGAUCAACAAAUUUAAGAGAAGACUUAGCUAUGUUGGCUGGUUGAUCUCUAUUAUCACAGCAUUUGACCAUUUUAGUUUGAAUUCCAUGUCAUAUAAGUGUAAAUAGAAGAGUUUAAAAGCCUGAAACAUUUCAGAGGUAUCAGUUGUAUGAUAUUCAAGUAAAUGUGAAAAAUGUAAAUAGUCAUGAAUGAAAAUAUAUGUUUUUGGUGAAACUGUUGUAUCUCAUCCCUUCAAUAUUAAACAACUCAUCAUAGUAUGAUAAUUCUACCUCCUGACCUCGGAAUGCACUUUUGUCUCCUAGCCACUUUAUCCCAAUAGUAAACCAAAAUUAAUAAAAGUGGCAUGAAAAUUUUAAGAUUUCUAUUUUAGGGGACAGAGGAGAAGUGAUACAAGGAAGACAUUGGUUCACACUUGACCUCUGGUGCUUGCUAGUGAACUUUGGCCUACCUCAGUGAGUCCCAUGUACAGCACAGCAACUCUAAGAACUGGGCAUCUGUGGAUGGUUUCUAUUAUAUUUCACAACAUCUCUCCAAUGAGGUCACAUCUCCCCCAUGGUCCACUUAUUCACAUGCCACUCUCUGGAAACGUCUCAAAGACAUACUCAGUAUGUCUAGGUAUUCCUUAAUGCAGUAAAGCUCACACCUAAAGAGAUGAAUCAAGAACCUACACGUGAAAGGCAAAACCAUAACACUUUUAGAAUAUAGUUUUUUUUACUUUGAAUCAACUAAGAAUUUUUUAAAGUAGAAAAAUCAUUUGAACUAUUAUUUCCUCUAGCUGAUAAGAACAAGUUUCCUAGGUUUGACUUCCCAAAGGGGAUAUUUUCUUGUUAAUUAGUACCCUCUCAUUUUUUUUUUUCCAUUGCAAAAAAUUCAGAACACAUGAUUUAAAAAUAUUCUGUCAUUCUGCCACUGUCAAACAUUGUUUUCUUCCUGGUAAAUAAUACUGGGGCUAUACCAACUUUUGUCUGUCUUUUCUCAAACAGGGUGUGACAAUUUCUUUACAAUAUUAAAUAGCCUUUGAAAACAUGA